UGAAGAUACAGUUGAACAAUAAAUACAUCGAUCUGUGUGUAAUCAUAUUUCGGAUAUUAUUCAGCCAUGUCGAGGGUGGAAGGUGGCAGUAAUGCGUCAUCAUCUCCGCCGGUACGAGACAGCGUUCCGUUCUACGAUCGGAGAGACGUGGCGGCGGUGGAGAUGCUGAGCGGCGGCGGCGGGAACCAUUUUUCAGCGACGCUUGGGCAGCUUCUGAAACGCGUUGGAGAUGUGAGGAAGGAGGUCACCGGAGACGAGACUCCGGUGCAUCAGGUGCUGGACGUGAACGACGGCGGCGGCGGAAUCGGGAGCAUGUCGCAGUCUCUCCCUUUUGUUCUGUCGUUCAGUAACAUCACCUACAGCAUCAAAGUCCGCCGGAAAGUUACUCCCCAGAGCCUGUUCCGCCGCCGCCCUACGGCGGCGGACCCAGUCUCCGGCGAAACGCUGUUUUCGGCGACGAAGACGAUCCUGAACGAUAUCUCCGGCGAGGCGCGCGACGGCGAGAUCAUGGCGGUUAUGGGAGCCUCCGGCUCGGGGAAGUCGACGCUGAUCGACGCGCUGGCGAACCGGAUGGCUAAGGGAAGCUUAAAAGGCGGCGUCACACUGAACGGCGAGCAGCUGGAAUCCAGGUUGCUGAAGGUGAUCUCCGCCUACGUAAUGCAGGACGAUCUCCUCUUCCCCAUGCUCACCGUCGAAGAAACCCUAAUGUUCGCGGCGGAGUUCCGCCUCCCUAGAACCCUAUCCAAGUCCAAGAAGAAGCUCCGCGUCCAAGCCCUCAUCGACCAGCUGGGCCUCCGAAACGCCGCCAACACCGUCAUCGGCGACGAGGGCCACCGCGGUGUCUCCGGCGGAGAGCGGCGGCGCGUGUCCAUCGGAACCGACAUAAUCCACGACCCGAUCCUACUCUUCCUCGACGAACCGACCUCCGGCCUCGACUCCACCAGCGCGUACAUGGUGGUGAAGGUUCUGCAGAGAAUCGCGCAGAGCGGAAGCAUCGUCAUCAUGUCGAUCCACCAGCCGAGUUACCGGAUACUCGGGUUACUGGACCGGAUGAUAUUUCUGUCACGUGGCCAGACGGUUUACAGUGGGCCCCCCUCGAACCUGCCCGUUUAUUUCUCCGACUUCGGCCACCCGAUCCCGGACAACGAGAACAAAACCGAGUUCGCUCUCGAUUUGAUUCGCGAACUCGAAGGCUCACCCGGCGGAACUAAAACCCUCGUCGAAUUCAACAAAUCAUGGCAGCAGUCAUUAUAUAAUACUUACUACUACAACCCGACGACGACAAAUAACUCCGACCAAUCAGCGACGAACACGUCAAAUCUGUCGCUAAAAGAAGCCAUAAGCGCCAGCAUUUCGAGAGGGAAGCUAGUCUCCGGCGCGACGACAAACAGCACCGCCGUCAAUAGGCUAGUCCCCACAUUCGCAAACCCUUCGUGGAUCGAAAUGGCCGUACUUUCGAAAAGAUCCUUCACAAACUCAAGGCGGAUGCCGGAGCUAUUCGGCGUCCGCCUCGGCGCAGUCAUGGUGACAGGCUUCAUCCUGGCCACCAUGUUCUGGCGGCUCGACAACUCCCCACGAGGUGUCCAGGAGCGGUUAGGGUUCUUCGCAUUCGCCAUGUCAACAACCUUCUACACGUGCGCCGACGCGCUGCCGGUGUUCCUCCAGGAGAGGUACGUCUUCAUGAGGGAAACCGCGUACAACGCCUACAGAAGAUCCUCCUACGUGGUGUCCCACUCGCUGGUGGCGCUGCCGUCGCUACUUUUUCUCUCUCUAGCUUUCGCCGCCACCACUUUCUGGGCUGUGGGACUCGACGGAGGAUUCUUCUUCUACUUCCUCAUCAUCUUCGCCUCCUUCUGGGCGGGGAGCUCGUUCGUCACGUUCCUCUCCGGGGUGGUGCCGCACGUGAUGCUGGGGUACACGAUCGUGGUGGCGAUCCUGGCCUACUUUCUGCUCUUCAGUGGGUUCUUCAUCAACCGGGACAGGAUUCCGGCGUACUGGAUAUGGUUCCAUUACUUGUCGCUGGUGAAGUACCCGUACGAGGCGGUGCUGCAGAACGAGUUCGAGGAUCCGGUGAAGUGCUUCGUGCGUGGGAUCCAGAUAUUCGACAACACGCCGCUCGGGUCGGUGCCGAACGCGCUGAAGGUGAAGCUUCUCGACGGGAUGAGUAGCUCCUUGGGGUUGAAGAUCACGAGCACCACGUGCGUCACCACCGGAGCGGAUAUACUGCAGCAGCAGGGGAUUACUGACCUCACCAAGUGGAGCUGCUUGUGGGUUACGGUGGCGUGGGGGUUCUUGUUCAGGGUUCUUUUCUACUUGUCUCUUUUGGCCGGCAGCAAGAACAAGAGGAGCUAACCGCCGGCGCCGGCGGGGGUUUAUUGCAGAAACAUUACCACUGUUUUUUUUUUUCUUUUUUUUUUUUUAAGUUGUAUUAUCUGUAUUAUUAAUAUUGAAUUGAAUGGGAUUUUGUUCUUAAUCAUAUAAAUAUAUAUAUAAAUUUUUUUCUUGCCUCAAUAAUCAAUAUAAGUCAAUGUGAAUUUUCAA